AACCAAAAAUAUUAUAUUAAUGAAUGAAAUAUUAUGACUUGUUGUUGUUAUGCUUAGUUGACAAUUUUGCUAAUGUUGAUCAUAAUAAAACCUAAUUAAUUUGAGUGUUUAUGAUGGAGGAAUGGAGACAUGUAUGUUAUACUGAAAUUUAUAUUUGGGGAUUUAUGAUAUUUCCAAAUAUGCAAAGCUACCUUUCUUUAUUUUGUUUCCUUUUGCUAUAGUUUUGUGUCCCCUCUUUUGCACACCCUUCUUCCUGACGUCCAUUGAUGCCAUCAUUCCACUUCUUCUUUGUCCCCGCGCACAACGCCCCGCCCCACCACCGCCUCCCCCUACCCCUCUUCUCUCUCUCUCCUUUCUUUGCAUUUCUUCUACAGAAGUGGAUAGAUAUUAGAAGAUGACAAUAGACCAUCAAAUUUGAUUCUCCUCUGCGUAUGACGCGAUCUGAUGGCUACUACAUCCACCGAUAUCCCCGAACCCCCUUCCCACAGCAAGAGCGCCCACCGUGGCAGCUUCCGCGCCCCCGGCGUCACCGCUGAACCUUGUUUCUUGAUUCCAGAUUUGCUUUCAAACAAGGACGACUUGGUCGUCCAAGAACCCACCGGGUUCUUGGGCCCCGCCCCUCCGUCCUCUGAUGCGAGGGACGAGCGGUUGAGCUUCGUGACCGCCAGGAUCAGCGACGCCACCGCCGGGAGCGUCGGGGCCUGCUCCAAGAUCAGUGACGUGGGUGGGUUCUUGGGCGCCGCCCCCCCGUCCUCCUCUGACGCGAGGGACGACCGGUUGAGCUUCGUGACCGCCAGGACCAGUGACGCAACCGCCGGGAGCGUCGGGGCCUGCUCCAAGAUCAGUGACGUCGCCGGCGACGGCAGCCGGAGGAGCCGCGGCUCGAGCAGCGACGGCAAUGCGGAUGAUGAGUGCAGCAGCAGUAGCAGCAGCAGCACCUGUAGCGCAUGGAGCACCUCCUGGAGGAGCAGCAGCGGGUCCGGUGGCAGCCGCGGGAACAAGCCGCACCAGGCGAACGAUGGGCGGUGGGACGCUAUUCGCGCCGUCAGAGAGCGUGAUGGAUAUCUCGGAAUGAACCACUUCAGGUUCUUGGAUAGGCUCGGCAAUGGCGACGUCGGUUGCGUGUACCUCGCGAAGCUGACCGGGACGAGGUUCCUGUUCGCCAUGAAGGUGAUGGACAAGGCAGUGCUUGCGUGGCGGAAAAAGCUGAGCAGAUCGCAGACGGAGAGGGAGAUUCUGCAAUGCCUCGACCACCCGUUCUUGCCGACCCUAUACGCCCACUUCGAGACCAAUAACUUUUCUUGCUUGGUGAUGGAAUUCUGCCCUGGCGGCGACCUCCACAGUCUCCAGCAGCGGCAGCCUGGGAAGUGCUUCACUGAGGAAGCAACAAGGUUUUACGUGGCUGAAGUUCUCCUUGCUUUGGAGUACCUACACAUGCUUGGGAUAAUUUAUAGAGACCUGAAGCCAGAGAACGUGUUGGUAAGAGAGGAUGGUCACAUAAUGCUCUCUGAUUUCGAUCUCUCUUUAAGGUGUGCCGUCUUCCCCACUCUGGUGAAAUCGACAAAAACUGAUUUGUGUUCCUCGAAGAGUUCUGGAAAAUAUGCUCAACCCUCUUGCGUUGAGCCCACCUGCAUGCAGCACUCAUGCCUGCAGCCCACUUGCUUCUCACCACGUUUCAUAGGACUUGGGAGGCCCAAGGCAAAGAAAGCAAUUCCAAGUGAAGUCGGUGACAGCGGUUCUGUACUCCCUGAGCUCAUUGCGGAGCCAUCUAAUGCCCAUUCGAAGUCCUUUGUUGGAACUCAUGAAUAUUUGGCACCAGAGAUCAUAAAAGGUGAAGGCCACGGAAGUGCCGUGGAUUGGUGGACAUUAGGGAUAUUUUUUUAUGAGCUUUUGUUUGGGAAGACACCAUUCAAAGGGUCUGGAAACCGUGCUACCUUGUUCAAUGUGGUGGCGGAGCCCCUAAAGUUUCCCGAGUCGCCCCCAGUCAGCUUUGCAGCGAGAGACCUGAUCAAAGGCUUGCUUGUGAAAGAACCCCAGCAACGAUUUGCAUAUAGGCGUGGUGCUGCUGAGGUAAAGCAGCAUCCUUUUUUCCACAGCAUUAAUUGGGCACUUAUUAGGUGCACUAGCCCGCCCGAGGUGCCAAGGAUAAUCAAGCAUGAGAACCGGACUGGUGGUGAGUUUCCGGUAAUACUCAAUGGGAAUAUGGCAGGAGUCAAUUUGAAACCAUGUGGGCAAUAUCUAGACAUGGAUUUCUUCUAACUUUGGCAGAUCUGUUCUGUUGUCAGUGCACUUUGGCACAGUAUCAAUCUCAACUCGCUGCCUCGUUUGGUCCUAAAGAGAAGUUUUAAGUUUUACAGUGAGGAAUGCAAUACAGUUGUUGUGGUUGCUCUCUUUAGGCAGCGGAUCUCAGUAUGAUGGAAGAUAUGCAAAUCCUGGUUAUUCUUUUGUUACCGAGUGCUCCUCGUAAUGACGAAGGCCGUUGUUGUGGUUGCUCUCUUUAGGCAGCGGAUCUCAGUAUGGUGGAAGAUAUGCAAAUCCUGGUUACUCUUUUGUUACCGAGUGCUCCUCGUAAUGACGAAGGCCGAGAAGGGUGAUCCAGGCUUAGUUUUGUAUGCUGAGGCAACAUAGUUGGAAAAGGAAUUGCGGCUCCUGGGAUAAUUGGUGUGGUCACAAGUUUCAACAGAAGUUUGCAGGUUUCUUUUGCUGUUUUACUGUAACUUCCUCAGUGGUUUUUGAUGCCCAUCAUGAGACUGAUGGAAUAUAAGGUGGGGAGCGGCAGAUUAAAAAGAAUGUGGUCUGUCAUCUAAAUUUGGAGGCAAAAAUGGUUGGCAGCUGACAUGAUUAUUUCACUGGUAAAGAAUGCCAGGUUUCAUGGCCAAUAUGUGUGCCUUGGCACAUAAACACAAUUCCCCGUCUCAUACUACAUAGGCUAGAUUGAGCAUCAAGGAAGAAUUUAAUAUUGGAAGCAAGGAGUUUACAGGAUUUUCUUUUCUUUUAUUUUCUCUGUUUAAAAUGUUACUCCUAUUCAAUUAUUUUUAUAUUACAUGGGUACGACAG